CAGAGUAGAGAGAGAAAGAAGGAAAAAAAAAGGAAAAUGGCGCUUUACUUGACCACCUCACAACCUUCUUCUACUUCUCUGCUCUCUCAAAACCUUAGAAAUUAUUUCUCGUCAUCUAGAAUUCAUAUUCAAAACCCUAAUCUAUCUCUUUCUCUCUCUAAAAGAACCUCUAGAAAUUUCUCAUCUUUCCGGAUUCGUUCUUCAAAUGAAGAAAAUGAACAAAAACCUAUGCCGUCCAAGUCUUCGGAAUCUGAUCCUCCAGAAAAUGAAGAUGAAUGGGGAGGUGGAGGAGGAGAAGAAGAAGUAGUAGUAGGGGGGAGCGAUUAUGGGACUGCUGGUGUGAAUGUAAAUGAGACUGAUGAUGAUAAACUUGGGGAUUUGAAACGAUGUUUAGUGGAUACAUUUUAUGGGACUGAAUUAGGGUUUAAAGCUUCAGGUGAAGUUAGAGCUGAGGUUUUGGAAUUGGUUAAUCAGCUUGAAUCCUUGAAUCCAACUCCUGCUCCUACUGAGGCUGCUUCACUACUUGAUGGCAACUGGAUUUUACUGUACACAGCAUUUUCAGAGCUCUUGCCUCUUCUAGCAACAGGAAAAUUACCAUUGGUGGAGGUCAAACAGAUAUCUCAAUCUAUUAAUACUACAGCACUUACCAUUGACAACUCAACCACUCUGGGCGGCCCUUUCGGUACCUUCUCCUUUAGUGCAUUAGCUACUUAUGAAGUUCGGAGUCCUUCCAGGAUUCAGGUCAGGUUUAAGGAAGGAUCUCUGGAGCCACCCAAGAUAUCAUCAAACUUCUCUCUCCCCCAAAACAUAGACAUAUUUGGGCAGAAAGUUGAUUUAUCACCUGUGCAAUCAUCGCUCAUCAAUCCUUUGGAGGACGUUGUGGCCAACAUAUCUAGGCUCAUCUCUGGGCAGGCUCCUCUCAAGGUUCCUAUUCCUGGGGAAAGAUCUAGUUCUUUCCUUUUGACAACAUACCUUGACAAAGAUUUACGUAUCUCAAGAGGUGAUGGUGGGUUGUUUAUUCUCGCCAAAGAGGGAAGCCCUUUACUGGAUCAGUAAGUGUAAAUACAUCCCUGGCCAUUCGGCAACCUGAUACAGGGAGCCCAAUGAAUUGUCAAUUCUCUUCCUGGCACCUUACUGUAACCAUCAUCUGAACCAAACCACGUGAGACGAUGUAAUAGUAAUCAGUUCAUGUAAUUCUAUUAUCACAUAGCGCAGAAAAAAUAUAUUUUACUUCCUGCCCCUUUACUUCUUCGUAGUGUUUUGAGGAUGUGUUGACAGAUACACUAUUAUUGUUAGGACAUCUCAUAGGA